AUGGCUAUCUAUACUACGAAUACAAAGAUAAACAUAGAUCUACUAAAAAGUGAAAAUACUGCUUCAGAAGUACUAGAUACUCCAGAGAAGCCAAGAACAAAAGGAGAAAUCUUCCAUAAUCGAAUUAUUAUGGUCACCUGGGUUAUUUAUCUACUUGCUAUUCAGAUAGUUGUUUCUUCUAUUAUGUCAGAAGCAGUAUUUUUACUUCGAACAUUUAUUAGUUCCAUGGAGGAAAACAUUUGCGUUAGACUCAUAAUAGUGUUGGGUUCACUGCUUACUUUAGCUGAAUUAGGGGGUGCAUGGGUUAUUUGGCAUUUUAUAGACAAAUUUAGUCCUAGAGUUAAGAACGAACAGCUUUUAGAUUUUAAUAUAAAACGUGUGUAUUGGUAUAUGCUGGCUGCUCCUGUAUUUCUGAUGCUAUUCAUACUCUCAGCUGUUGACAUGUCUACUGCUACUUUUAUUAUGGAAUCCUAUGGUUAUGCUUUAUAUGCAAUUGGCUUAAUAUUACUUUUCUCUGAACUCGUAAAAAUAACUAUUCUAACACUUAUAUUCCCGUAUAUAUAUAAGAAAGAAAUUAGAGAAAAGGAAGAUGGUCUAAGUUCGUAUAUUCUUGCAAUGCUCACUAUUUGGCUCUUCUUAAUUCCGGGAUCUCUUAUAGUGUUCGGGUUAUUCGAUGGAUAUGGUCAAUAUUUCCUUGAUCUUGGUAUUGAAUGCUUUAUGAACCCCAUCACAUCUAAAGAUAGUUCAAUUACUAUAUCUUGCGAUGACUUAAAUAAUAUAUUAUUCUAG